CAAGUGUUGGUGGUCUAUUGUUUGAUGUGACAUCGUUUUACCUCGACGAGUUGCGUCAAUAAUUUACUUUAUUCACUGCCCUGGACUCAGAGAAAUGUUGUAAAAAAAUUGUCAAAACAUCUUACAUUUAUACAAACUCUAUAACAUCUCUUUGUAACGAUUCGCUCUUGAAAUAUCCUUGACAAAAGAACCAACGUUUUGAAAAUCUUGAAAAAAAUGUAAUAACGAUUUGGAUCGGAGCAUAGGUUUUCGAUGAAAAAAGUGUUUGAAUUCUGGCAAAAACGUUAACACUUAUUCGGUUGAUUCUGGCGUAGAAUGAUGACAAGAACUAGCUAUAUUUUUGUGGUCUUAUUCGCAACGCUGACCUUCGCGAUAGGCUGCCGUGACGCAUUUCAUAGUUGCUCCAGUUGGUCAAAAGCUGGCAUGUGUAAGAAUGAUAAAUUUGGUUUUGUUAUGAGAGGRGGAUGUGCGAAAACUUGUGGAUUUUGUACGUCAGGUAAUAAAAGUCAACCAAACAAGAAAUUGAAUUUGUUGCUUCCUGACGUAGCGUCGCAGUUUACAAAGCAGAAAGACGAAGAACAAUCCAGUAACUGCAAAGAUUUGUUUUCAAAAUGCCAACAAUGGAAAGAAGUCAAGGAUAUUUGUGAAAGGUCCAUGUUUAAGUCUUACAUGGAGUAUGGAUGUAAAAAGACGUGCAAGAGAUGUGAUAACGCAGUUAGUGGCACUCGUAAAGCAACGAUCGAGCAUUCGCCAAAAAUAUUUGAGCUCACAGCAAAGAAAUCGUUAGCAAACUGGCCUGAAAUGGAUUUUGAGGAUGAAAAUAAACGACUCGACUUUGAAAUUGGRAUAUCAAAAGAAAUGGUUGAAGCCAAAAGGAAAUCAUCUAAACGACAUCACAUUGCGAAGUCGACUUCUACGAAGUCAAGAGGACAUUCCAAGAAAUCUUGGAAAAAUUUCCACCACAGAAAAAGACGUCUUGGACAUAAGAAGUCCAAGAUUCGAAGAGUAGAAAUUGAGACUGGUUACAAAACUCCCCGUCUAUUUUCAACUUCGGAGGAAGAUGAUGUCGACUCGAUACCGACCAACCUGCGAGAUGAUGAAGCAGYGGAUGACUUUGGAACAAACCCGACCACACUCAGUGGAUUUGAAAAUCUGUCAAAUCUGCCAGAAUUCGACGGUGUAAGUGAAUUAAAUGACGUGAARAACUUACUGGGUACUCCUAAAACMAACAAAAAUGUAGAUUACUACACAGAGCACUUCUCCAAAGACCCUUAUGUUGCUUACAGUGAGCGGGAAGAAUGGCUCAAGGAAAAUGAACCAAAUCUAAAACAUUUUCGACGCACCUUAGGAAAGAAGUUUAAAAAGUCCAGGAAGCACCACAGUGCAGUUAAGAGGCAUAGACGUGAUUUAGUAAAGCCAUCUCAUAAAUCAGCAUCCAAGAAAGUAGUCAUUGAAAACGGYUUUCAAGAUCAAUUUCAAGAAACCGACGACAAGUUGACCACCGAUAGUUUCAAUCCUUCGCUUCUCGAUGUGCCGUUUAGGCCAUCUGAUGUAAACGCCCUKAGAAAAUUGCCGUAUCUUGAAGGAAUGGACAGAAAGAAUGUCGAGAAUACCCUUGGUAAAAAAUUUGAUUACUACAUCGCGCAUUUCUCUAAAGAUCCGUAUCUGGCAGAGAGUGARAGGGAAGAAUGGAUGAAAGAAAAUGAAAUAGGUGCAAAAUCAUACCCAAAUAGAGUCGAGGAAGCCAAGGAAUUUAGUUCAUAGUGUAAAUGUAAAACAGUACUUGAAAAAAAAGGACUUUUCACUGACACGCUUACAGAUGUUACCCCUCGCUCCCCAUCGCAGUCUGGUGGGCUUUCACAGAGCUCCAUUGUUUUAUUCUUACGYUUAAAUAAGCAAAUCAUGUGGCUUGAAAAGUUACCACUAGGUAGACUACAAUUAUAGGAAACAAAAUAUAACCCCUUCAUAUAAUAUCGUAAAAUUAUGUCUGUACAGCUCCUCGUCCGCUCUCCUUUUCAAUGUUGCGUGGAAUCGUGUCAUAUAUGCAUGCAAAUAAAGGGCAACAUUGUAUAGGGAUCCAAGUUAAUAUGCAUCUUGUUGUAAUAAUUGUAAAGAAAUGUUUUUCAUAUUUUCUGGCCACAGUCUAUUGAUUUUUAUCCACCGUURUAUCUAGUUUUWUUGUUUUUCGUUCACAAAAGAAACCAUUUUCGAAGCCACCAUUGAUAUUAAACGGCCAUUACUUAUAAA